AUGUCUUCUCGAACUCUUUCUACUGCUAUUUCACGUGCGUCUCAGAUAUCUCAGCAAGUGGUACAUCACCAAGCAAUCACGAAAAGAAUGGCCUCUUCUACCACACUCAAGCUCAACACUGGAGCCACAAUUCCAGCAGUUGGCUUUGGUACCUGGCAGGACAAGGAUGCUCAAGAAGACGCGGUCUACACGGCGCUGAAGGCGGGUUACAGGCACGUCGACACUGCACACAUCUAUGGCACUGAGCCUGCGGUCGGAAGCGGUAUCAAGAAGUCUGGCGUUCCACGAGACCAAAUCUUCCUGGUGACAAAGCUAUGGAACAAUGCACACAAACCGGAGAGUGUUGAGAAGCAGCUUGAUGCAAGCUUGAAGGCUCUGGAUACCGACUACGUUGACCUCUACCUGAUGCAUUGGCCGAGCCCAUUCCAAGAUGGCGACAACCUAUUCCCCAAGGACAAGGACGGAAAGGUCAUUCCAGGCGAUGCCGAUUACGUCGAGGCGUACGUAAAUUCCAGGGAGUACACAGAGUUGUGGUGGAGCUAG